AUGAGUGAGGCGGGAGAGGCCACCUUCACGGACCUGGCCGCUUCCUUCUGCCCUCACGCCCCGUGGAAACCUCUGGCAUCCUUGGGAGGUGGAGACCAAAACCUAGCCCUAGCCACAGGCCACCUCAGCGGGGAUGGGAUCCCCCAAACCACCACCAGGGGCGCCAAGGGAAAGGUGCCUAAGAAGGUCAUCGCUAGGAGGGUCCUAGGCACUGUCGUGUGGUUUAAGGAGAAGAAAGGGUACGGCUUCAUCAACAGGCACGAUACCCAGGAAGAUGUGUUUGUUCACCAUACGGCCAUCACUGGGAAAAACCCCUGCAAGUACCGAGGCAGUGUGGAUGAUGGUGAGACAGUGGAGUUCGAUGUGGUGCAGGGAAAGCGGGGUACCGAGGCCGCUAACGUGACCGGGCCAGCGGGCGCACCACUGAAGGGAAGCUGCUACACUGACCACCGCAGCAGCAUCCACCAGGGCUUCAGCAUCCUCUGCCAUGUGCCACCACCGCGAGGUCCCAAGAACACGGAGGGCGAUGCUGAUGAACGCGAGGGCAGCGGCAAAGGCUUCACCGAGGCCCAGGGCCUCAGACGCCCUCUGCCUGGCCACUCCCAAGACCAACGACUGAGGAGUUUCCCACCCUCCCGCGUGGCCCCGUCUGUGACCCGCCACCCAUCGAUCCUGGCUACCACCAGCGGCCCCCGGUCUGACCGGCAGCCUGGGUCCGCCCCCACCGCAAGGCAGGAGGGGCAUCCUCAGCGAGGUCGGGGCCCCAGCUACCUGCUGAGUCGCCCUAGGGGCCGAGGCACCACUCUUGGUCCAAGACGCUCACCAGGCAUCUCGGAGGAGCUGGAGGCACAGCACAGCGAGAGCCAGCACGAAGCCAGCAGCAAUCCGCCACAGAGGCCCCCUCCACGCUAUGGAUCCUGCCGUCCCAGAAACCCACGCCGCUGCCUGCAGCAAGUGCCUGGCGCUCAGGGACAGGAUUCCGAUGGAGGAGAGGGCAAGAUCAGGAAGAGCCCCACUGAAACACCUGCUUCUGUCCCUGUGGCCAAGAAGAACGACACCCCUGAGGAGGAGAACCCCUCGGUCAUAGAUGCGCCCUUGGCAGCCCGGGCCUAG